UUUUUCUAUUCCCUGAGUAGUAUCAGUCCAUUUAAUUAUUGUGGUUUGUAAGUACUAUUAGUAGGUAGUGGGAGCCACUGGGAGCCGGGAGAUAAUAAAUAUUAAUCAUACUCGACUGACGAUUAUUAUUAUGUUACAAUUUUACCUUGAACGAUUUGAACAAGUUGUUUUAUAAUUGCAUAAUGUUGAUAAAUCGUAGAAUAUAAUAAGUAAUAAUUUGUGGGCAGUACUUAUUACAACUGCGCAAAGUCUGCAUUCUUCAACAUCUGAAAUAGCAGUGUGUUAUUUUUUUGAAGUGUAGGUACCUACCUAUAAUUGUUAUAGGAGUAGUAGAUAUUUUUUUAUUUUUCAGUUUUUGUGUCAGCUUUUUCACAAUGGUUCAAGCAUGGUUUAUGAAAGAAAAUUGGAGUGGUGAUCAACGUGAAGAACACCACAUGCAACCUCCUGAAUUUGUUGAUUUGGAUACUCUAUUUAAGCUCACAUUAGUGGAACAUUUCAAAUUACUUUACUUGCAGGUUAAUGAAUCAGAUCCUAUUAAUGAUGAACUAUUAAACUCAAUUAAAAAGGAGCGAGGUUACUCUUACGAGGAUGAGAUAAUAUGUUCUAAAGAAUGCUUACCAAACUAUGAAAGUAAGUUAAAAAUGUUCUUUGAAGAGCACUUACACACAGAUGAAGAAAUUCGAUUGGUUUUGGAAGGUUCAGGUUACUUUGAUGUUAGAGAUGGUGUAAAUGAUAAAUGGAUUCGUAUUAAAGUUGAACCUGGUGAUUUGUUAAUAAUUCCAAAGGGAAUUUAUCAUCGUUUCACAUUAGAUACAAAUAAUUUUAUAAAAGCCAAAAGAUUCUUUGUAGGAGAACCUGUUUGGACACCACAUAAUAGACCUGCAGAUAAUAUGGAUUGCAGAAAGGAAUAUUUGAAUCAAAUAUCUUGUUAAAUAAAAUAUAUAUUUAUAUUAAAAAAUAUUUCAAUGUUAAUAA